AUGUUCGCCAAACAAACUCUUCUCGCCUUUGUCGGGGCCCUGGCCCUGGCCACGGCCAAGACUACCACGGAAAAGAACCCAACCCAGGCUGAGAUCGAUGCAGCCCGUGCUACGGCCCUACCUUACUCUCCCGUGUCAAACGUAAAAGGGUUGGCUUUUGAUCGCUUCGUGAACAUCUGGCUUGAGAACACAGUGGGUUUGCCCCUUACAUUAAAUAACGAUGACCACGUGCUCACCCCUUUGCAGGACUUUGAAACCGCUGCUGCGGAUGAGAACUUGUCCAAGCUGGCUAAGGAGGGUAUCCUCCUGACCAACUACUUUGCAGUCACUCACCCCUCGGAGCCCAACUACUGUGCUUCUGCCGGGGGUGACACAUUCGGCAUGGACAAUGACGACUUCAUUCAGAUCCCAGCCAAUGUCUCAACUAUUGCCGAUUUGUUUGACACCAAGCACAUCGCUUGGGGUGAGUACCAAGAGGACUUGCCCCAUGCCGGCUACCAGGGCAUGCGGUACCCCCUCAGCGGCCCGAACCAGUACGUGCGCAAGCACAACCCGCUGGUUCUGUAUGACUCGGUUACCAACGACGCCGUGCGCCCGCGUCAAAUUAAGAAUUUCACCACUUUCUACGAGGACGUGGCACACCACAGCCUUCCCCAGCACAUGUUCAUCACACCGAACAUGACCAACGAUGCCCACGAUACCGAUAUCACUGUGGCUGGCGACUGGGUCGCUCGUUUCCUGCCUCCCCUGCUGGAGAACAAGCACUUCAACAAGGACAAUCUGGUACUGGUCACUUUUGAUGAGGGCGGUAACUACUCCCACCCUAACCGGGUCUUCAGCUUCCUGGUUGGCGAUGCUAUCCCGAACCACCUGAAGGGUACUACCGACGACACUUUCUACACACACUACUCAAUUAUCGCCUCCCUGUCCGCUAAUUGGGGUCUGCCCUCGCUUGGCCGCUGGGACUGUGGUGCCAAUUUGCUGAAGUUGGUCGCUGAGAAGACUGGCUAUGUCAACUGGAAAGUUGAUACCAGCAAUGCCUACAUCAACCAGACUUACCCUGGCCCUCUGUCCACCAAGCACUAUUCCUCCAAGUGGGCCGUUCCUGCCAUCACGGGCAAGUGCUCUGCUGGCCAUGGUAUUGCUGAAGUAGUAAAGAAGACCUACCACGGUCUUCACCCUACCUACGACUACACCAGCCCUGUACCCUAUGACGCGACCACUGGAAACAACGUCGGCAUCAAGUACCACCGUACUCUGAAACACGGUCAGGAGGAGUCAGGUAUCACUGGGGGGAAACAAUGA